AUGUCGUACUUGCGGACGUUCCAGAGGGCAUUCCUGGUGGCUUCCCGCUCGCUUGAGAGGACCAAGCCCCUCAAGUUUGCUGACAUUAAGUCCAUCAAGUUGAGGGCCCCCAUCGUGCCUACUCACAAGAACUUUGAUGUUUCUCCAGACCAUCCAUUAUGGGCAUUUUUCCCUGAAGGAAGCAACUCCGAGACAUGUUUCAGAGAGCCAGAAGAGGUCAGCUCUGAUUCACGUGCUUGGACUAUGACCGAGUUGCGCAGAAAGUCGUUUGACGACUUGCACAGAUUGUGGUACUUGAUAUUGAAGGAAAGAAACAUCUUGGCCAGAGAAGUCAGAUUGGCUCAGUCCAUUGACUUCAUGAACCUUACCAGAUACGAUGAUAUGGAUGGCAGAUUAAAGUUGACCCAGAAGAGAAUCAAGCAGACGCUAUUGGAGAGACAGGUUGCCUAUGAGAGAGCUCAAUUAUUGUCUGAAGAACAGCAGGAGUAUUUGCAGAGCUUCAAGGAAAAAUACAUAGAUGCUGAUGAGACGUCUAUUGGUACUUUUAAUGACAAACUCGUGCGUUUGCAAUAUGCUUUAUUUGGUAUCGAACCCAACUUGUUGGAAUGCAAUUUGGAGGAGGACAUCAACGUUAAAUUCGUUGAGGGUCUCAACUACGUGGCCAACUUGAAGUUGGAACGACACUUGAAAGAUUUCCCUGAAGCCUUGGAGUUGCCUUUGAAGGGUGUCAUGGAGGAGUUGCCAUUUUUGUUGCGCGAUGUUGAGGAGGCCAUUGAAGAGAUUAAAGCUAUGAGAGAAGCUGGCCACAGCGUCAAGCUCGACAAGAUCGAUGUGUUCCCGUUCUUAAGAAAUGCAUUGCAGGCUGCCAAGGACAGCAUGACUGCCGAGGCUACUGAGGAAAAUUAA